GGAAAUUUUUAAAUGGCGGUGUUCGCGUCAGUUGUUCGUGUCGUUGGUGUUGAAUUUAUAGUUGGGUUAGAAAGUAAUAUAGAAGAAAACCUCAGAAACAUUAGUGUUGUUUUGUAUAGUAUAGACUAGUUAAUAAAACUUGUAUUCAUUAGAAUUUAGAAUGCUAGAAAACAAUUGAUUGGACUGUAACCAAACCACUGCAUAACUUGCGAGACUGCAAAUCGUCGCUAAUAAAGUUGAUAAAAUAUACAUGUGGACCUAAUUUUGUCAUGUUACAUAAAAUACCGAUACAGUGCUCUUUACGGAAAUGUCUGUGCAUUAUAAAUUCAAAAGCGCGUUGGAUUAUGAUACUGUUACAUUCGAUGGACUCCAUAUUUCUGUAGGUGACUUGAAAGCUGCUAUUUCACAGCAGAAGCGUAUAGGGAAGACUUCUGAUUUUGAUCUUCAAAUAACUAAUGCUCAAACAAAAGAAGUGUAUGUAGAUGACAAUACAUUGAUUCCAAAAAACACAUCACUACUAGUUGCGCGGGUGCCACUUUCACAGCAACCAAAGAAACAGUGGGAAGGCUCAAGUAAUAGUCAGUCUCUCCAUAAAGAUGUUGCAGUUAACAAAGGACUGGCCGAUCUGUCUCGCAUGGAAGGUAGCGAGCAGGAUAAAAUUAAUGCUAUGAUAUCACAAUCUACGUUUGAUUAUGACCCUAGCAACUAUCAAAAAAUUAGAGGACAGAAUCAAAGAGGCAUUGUUCCUCCUAAUUACAUUUGUUAUAAGUGUCAAAAACGUGGGCAUUGGAUUAAGGAUUGUCCAGUUGCAAAUUCGGGAGAUCCAAUAGAGAUAAGAAGAAGCACUGGUAUACCUCGUAGUUUUAUGGUACCAGUUGAUGGUCCAAAAGCCCCAGGAGCCAUGAUGACCCCAAGUGGAACCUUUGCUGUGCCAGCUGUGGACCGUGAAGCCUACUUGGCUUCAGAAAGUGCGGGUGGAGCAGACACGCCUACAAACGCGCCUGUUGCUCCAGAGCCCACAAUUCCUGAUGAAUUGAUUUGUAGCCUGUGUCGGGAUUUACUCACUGAUGCUGUAAUGAUCCCUUGCUGCGGAAACUCUUUUUGUGAUGAAUGUAUAAGGGGUGCGUUAUUAGAGUCUGAGGACCAUGAAUGUCCAGAUUGUCGCGAGAAAGAAAUAGCACCAACAACUCUUAUUCCAAAUAGGUUUCUACGGAACUCUGUAUCGUCAUUCCGCAAUCAGACUGGGUAUAGUCGCCGAGCGCCUCACCGGCCCUCUGCGGGGCCUCCUAUUAUGGAACCACCACCUGCUGGGCUGGUGCCACCUAUGAAUGGUCCGAUGCAACCAGGCCCAUCAAACAAUGAUGCGGGCGUCCGGGACGCGCGGCCGGCGCGCGGCGGCCGGGGGGACGAGUCGGACGGCUCGGCCGACGACAACAUCACCGUGACUGUGCCGCCCGCGCAUGCGCACCACGGCCCGCACGCGCCCUACGGCCCGCCGCCGCACGGCCCGCCGCCCCACGGCCCUCCGCCUCACGGUCCCCACGGCCCCCGCGGCCCGCCGCCACCGCACCGCGCGCCGCGCUACGGACCUCCACCAGGGCUGAAGCCACCUGGAAUGGACACUCCUCCCAGUAAUAUACCGCGAAUCGAUGAACAGCGUGCGAGCACCCCGACCAUCGACGAACGCAGGGAUCCAAUGUCAUCGCAGGUGAUGUUCAAUCGUGGGCCGCCUCCGUUUAUGCCCGCGCUGCCGCCACCUUCACAUUUUAAUAACCCGCCUUAUGGUCGGCCCGGUGCCGGCUACGGCGACCGCUACGCGCGCGAGCCCUUCCAGCCGCCGCCGCCGGGCAUCAAGGACUCCCCUAAUGGGCACGAGGACCCGUUGGAGGCUUUUAAUAGAAUGAUUCGCGAGAAAGAGAUGAGGGCUAAGCGGCGUGAAGAGGAGCGGAGACGCGCGAACUCGGGGUCGCGCAGUCCGUCUCGCUCGCGCACGUCGCGCUCGCCACGCUCUCAGCGCUCGCCUCGCUCGCCGCGCUCGCCCCGCUCGCCUCGCGGCGCGCGUCCCCGCAGUCGCGCUUCGAGCAGAAUACGAUAUUCUCGCUCGCGGUCUAUGUCCCGCGGCCGCCCGCGUCGCUCGCCGUGGUCCCCGCGUCGGCGCCGGACGCGCGAGCGCACUCUUUCCUUGACUCGUUCUCCAUCCCCGCGGCGGCGCCACCGCUCGCCGUUGCGCUACCGAACGCCGCUGCGCUCGCCGGUGCGCUCCCCGCUGCGGUCUCCAUUACGCUCGCCGUUGCGUUCUCCGCUGCGCUCGCCGCUGCGUUCGCCGCUACGUUCACCGCUGCGCUCGCCGUUGCGCCCGUUGCCGCCGCUGUCGCCUGUGCGCUCUCCGCGCCGCUCCGCCGUGCGUUCGCCGCCGCGCCCCGUGUCGCCACAACACAGAUUUGCCGGAGUAUACGAUGAACUAAUGUCGCCGCCGCGUCGUAGUGUAGAGCCGCCGUUUGGAGCCAGGUAUGCUUCUAGAAACAAUGGCCCACCAUCCGGAUACCCUCCACUCGGCGGAAAACCAAUUCCUCUUUUGGGAAAUGUUACAUCAAACGAUCCACCGCCGGGCUAUCGAGGACGUUAUGAUGCUCCGCCUUUUGAAGAUAUUCCUCCGGGUGUAGACCCACCAGUACCUGGAUUUGAACCAUCGCCAUUUGAAAAACCUGCUUUUGGUCCACCGGGGACACUAGAUCGGGAUAGAUUACCACCGCCGAAUUAUAGAGAUCCUUACCGAGCUCCGUUUGUUGAAGUACCACCUGGUUAUAGGGACGCUCCAGGAUUGCCACCGGUUCAGGGUGAAAUACCCGUUCAUGUAGGAGAUCAUCCCCAACGUUUCCGAGAUAAUUUUAGACCUCCACCUGGACACUUUCGGGAUCAAGGACCGGUUUCUUACCGAGAUGGACAGCCUUACAGGGAUCCUGGAGCACCAAUCCCUUAUCGUGAUGGCAAUUUUAGAAGUGGGCCACAACCACUAUUUCGUGAUAAUAAUUUCAGAAACAAUCCAUAUAGAGAAGGUAACUUUCGAGAAAACAUACCCCACAACUUCCGCGAUGGACCUCCAUUUAGACCUCCCAGUACCGAUCCCAGAGAUCCUGCUGCUGCGGUUCCUUAUCACGACCCUAAUUAUAGGGAUAGCUUUAGGGAUGAAAAUAACGUCAAUAGGGACGUGCGAGCUGGUUAUCGUUCUAAUUUACGCAAUAGGUCUGGCCCUAGACGUAAUGAACAUGAAAGACACAGAGACAGAGAUGGCAGAGAUAGAGAACGUUUUAACGAAAAUCGUGAACCAACAGACAGACCAGAAAGAUCUCGUGAAGUUGAUAAAAGAUCAAGAGAUGACAAAAAUCGGGAACCACGUGAAGACCGAAUACGUGAAUAUGAUAAAAAUCGUGAUUACGAUAGAGAUCGUGGACAUGAUAAGUCGUCACCGGAAAAGAAAACGCGCUCGUCGCCAAAACGGAGCCGAGAGGCUCGAGAACGUAAACGUAGUGAAUCCAGAGGUAGGUCUCGUGAUCACGAUAGUAGAAGGGAGAAGAAGGAAGAAAGAGUUCGAGAUAAAUCUUCUGCAGAUAGGAGUAAAGAGCAUAAAGAUAAAGAUAAGAAAAUUAAAGAAAGAAAAAAGAAGAAGAGAGAAAAGGAAAAAGAAUUAGAAAAGAAAAAGAAACGGGACAAAAAGGAGAAGAAGGAUAAAGAUGUCUCUAAAAAGGAAGAUGAGAAUCCGGAGAAAUCAGAUAAUCUUCCAGAAACUCAAGAGGAAAGUAAUGAGAGUUCGAAACAACAAAUUGUUGUAAAAAUGGAAACGUCAGAAAAUGAAAAACCUACUAAUGAAAAUGUUGAAGCCAUAAAGUCAGAAAAUCCCGGUGAAGUCAAGGAUAACUUGUACGGUGAUGAAGCCGCCGAGGCUGUCGAUAAGGAAAUCAUACAAAAUUAUAUUAAAACUGAAGAAAAGGUUAAAGAUAAUGAAAAUAAUGAAACUAAAAUUUCUGAUAGCAAUGCUAAAGAGGAACCCUUUGACGGGAUAGAACUUCAAGCACCUUUAGAUGAGUUGGAAGCAGACAUAGAAGGUACUAAUAAUAGUAACAAUAAAGAAAUGUUGGCACCAUUACCUGUUCUAUCAAAAUGGGAAGUUGAUGAUGACAAUGUCGAAAAGUCUAAAGAACCAGGUGAGAUCACAUCUCCUGAAGAAGAAGAAGAUGGAGGCAAAGUGACAUCAGAAGUUAUAAAACGAGCUGAAAAUGCUAUAUUUGCUAAAGCUAUCAACUCUUUACGACCCAUUGAAAUUAAGAAGAUAAGCAGUGAUCGUUUGAAACUAUACGGUGAUGACGCACAGGCAAAAACUUCAUUAAAUAACAUUCAAAUAACCGUUCCUGUCUCAGAUCAGGAGCAAAGGUCUGUAGAAGCAAAUGAUCGAAAAAAACGCUUCUCUAAAACCCCUCCUCCACGUCUAUCUGUAAAGGAAAGAUUGGGAGGUAAAGUUGAUGAUAUCCGACGGACAAGAGAGCCCAGAGUAGUGCACAGUACCGUGGAACGUGUCAAAUCGAGAUCAAAAACUCCGAAGCGUGAACAACAACAGCAAUAUCGUCGAGUCACAGUAGACAGAGAGCGUGGUCGGAAGCCCGAAAGUAGAGUUGAAGUAUCAAAAUCGGAGAAAAGAGGCGUUGCUGCAGACAGCGCAAAAUCUGAUCACAACUACCAAGGUAAUAACCACAGUGAGUAUAAAAAAAGGGAUUUUGGAAGAUCGAAAGAUGAAAAGAAAAUAACCGACGAAAGGGUUGGUUCAAGUUCUCGAUCCCAAGAGAAAAAUGAAAAUCGCAAAGAGUCACAAGAACGUGAGAGAAAAAAAUCUACUCUAGAUGAAGCACACUUUGAACCUGAUUAUGAUGAAAAUGUGGAAUCCGAGAACGAAACAAAAGAGGAGACAAAUAAAAAACGUGAACGGUCUCGGGAACCAUCCCCACCUGGAGCCAGUGAAUCAAAGAAAGCCAAGUAUGAUACGGAGACUAUUAAACUAGAUCUGACGAACGUUAAAAAGAAACCAGACUCUGACAGCGAAUCUUCAAGUGAUUCUGAGUAUUCGUCUUCAUCUUCUUCAUCGGAUGCUCGUAAACGCAAGAAGAAAAAGAAACGUAACAAGAAGAAGAAGAAACGUGCCGCUAGUGACAGCGACAGCGACUCUGACUCUAGUUCCGAAGAUCACAAGAAGAAGAAAAAGAAGCGUAAGCAUAAGAAAAAGUCUAGCAAAAAGAAAAAAAAGUCUAAACACAAGUAACUCAACACUUGUAUAAAACAUACAUUAAAAACAACAUUAUAACCCUUAUUAAUUAAGUUUGUGUCUUAUGGUCUCUGUGUAAUGUUUUACAUAAUAGAAACAUGAACUAUGAAAUGU